AUGGCGAUGGCGGCCAGAUGCAUCGAUAAUCUUGAAAGCGUUCUGGCCUCCAGAGUAAUCACUUUCCUCAUUGGUCCCGAAAAACAGACAUUCCACAUCAACGAGCAGCUUGUCAUCUCCUGCUCGGGGGUCUUUAAAAGGAUGUUAACAAACGGUAUGCGCGAAUCGCAAGAAGGGGUCGUCGAGCUGGAAGACCAAGAGCCGCACAUCUUUACGAGCUUCAUUCAUUAUAUUCUAUAUGGAAAUUACGAAGCCUCCCAGAAGAUAAGAGAGAUGAAGAUCACGGUUGAAACUGCGGACGAAGAGGCUCCAGUAAGAGCUAAAGGCCACUACGAUUCCCUCACGAAGCACGUGUCGCAGAUGCGACCAUUGGUCGGUCCCACGAUGCCUUACCUCAAGUACAUGGAGUCGUUUUUAUACCAAGGCGACGCAGGCAGGCUGUACGCCAAACCGUCAGGGCUUCCCACCAGCGAAAGCCCCGACCUGGAGAAAAGUUUAGACCCGUCGGCCGCCGACUCGCAAUUCGGGCUCAUAACCGCUCAUCACGUCAAACUUUAUGUCUUCGCCGAUAAAUACGACGUCGGCGAGCUGAGGCAACUCUGCCUUCACAGACUGCACAACACUCUGAUACGCACGGGCCUGAGUGAAACCGGUUACCGAUAUCUUUUCGAGGCAAUCGCCUUCACUUUUGAAAACACAUGCCCCGGCGACAAGAUCCGCAAGCUCUUUGUACAGACAUGCGUCGCGGACUUGGUCCUGGUCCGCCACAUGCCCGGGUACAAGGACCUGUGUUGCCAAGUCCCGGAGCUGGCGUACGAGAUGAUGAUUGAGCUUCCCGAGUACUGGAAUUCCCACAUCUAUGCUCUCCGUGACGUUGCUGGCAAGUUUCUGGACAGGUAG